GUCGCAGCAAUCUGGCAAUCAAUCUGCAGCAAUGACGACAAAGCAGGCACCGCCGAUAGACAUCUCGAAAUCUCGAUAUGAUCAGUCCAAGUUCAGCGGGCGUUUGCGACAUUUCAUAGAGAUCACUUCGCCCCUUACGCUCUUUUACUCCUCUCAAGAUCUCAUAAACGCUCAGAAGCUCGUACAAGACUACAAAGAUGGCAAGCGAUCAGAUCUGUACAAUCAGCAGGGCGAGCAGAGGAUUUGGAAAGCAAAGCAGCUCGUCGACAGCUCGAUACAUCCAGAUACCGGGUUGCCAGUGCCUCUACCAUUUCGGCUAAGCGCGUUCGUGCCGACCAACCUUUUCGUCGUCGGCGGCAUGCUCAUGCCCAAUCCAUCUAUGCGCGCAAUCAUCUUUUGGCAAUGGGCAAAUCAGACCCUGAACGUCUGUGUGAACUAUGCCAAUGCGAACAAGAGUAUCGAAAUGUCGACUGCCGAGAUCGGUACAGCAUAUGCGACCGCCACGAGCGUGUCCGUCGCCAUUGCGGUCGGCCUGAACCAGCUUGUACCACGAUUAAAAGUCGCUGCUUCGACGAAGGCGUUACUCGGCAGGCUCGUUCCUUUUGUUGCAGUAGCAACUGCAGGCUGUGCCAACAUCGGUCUCAUGCGAUGGAAAGAGAUAAGAGACGGCAUCGAUGUCUUUGCACCUGGAUCGGAAGACGAAGAAGAGAAACCGAAAAGUCUGGGCAAGAGUAGCGUUGCAGGCUCACUCGCCAUAUCGCAGACUGCUGCCAGUCGUGUGUUGACGAAUAUACCCACAUUGAUCAUACCCCCGGUCACUAUGACUUUCCUGCUCAGCAAGGGCUUCUUCCAAGGUCCUCGAGGAAAACGAGUCGAAUCAGUAGUGCAUCUGGGCUUGAUCGGUACAAGCUUACUGCUCUUCUUGCCUCCUGCGAUCGCAGUCUUUCCCCAACGAGCAACAGUCUCAACGUCAACGCUAGAAGAAAAGUAUAGAGAUCUCAAGGAUCCGAAAACUGGCAAACCACUGAGCACGGUCGAAUUCAACAAAGGCCUUUGAUCGGCUGCCGGGAAACCAAAGCAUGGACUGAGGAUGCAUGUGCAGGAAAUGGAUACAUUGUUAUACUAGCGGCAUGCAGUACAAGCGCAGGAGUGGCAACGACAGUAGAAGGCGGUUGAAGUCAGAUGACAAGACGAUUGAGCACCGACAGUUUAGCGUGCGAGUGUACGAAUGAGCUGUGCGGCCACAUGAGCGGGUCACCCCAUACUCGUAAACGCUCAUACCGAGACAGACUGAAGCCAACGAUGGAGCCGGUGACAAAGACGAGGCUGAUAACGCCAAUGGCUUGCCAGGAGAUGCAAGAGACUGCCU